AUGAGGCCUGAUGUUUCAUGCCUAGUUGAUAAAAUAGCAAUACUAAAUUCUGAGAUAAAACCUCUUGGUUUUACUCCAUUUCAACAAUUGAAAGACAAAAUAAAAGUACAAAUAAGAGCACGCGAGUCAAUAAAUCAAAUGUCAGAGGCAAGAGAAGGACCACUAGAAGCAACAUUUUUUACAGAUGCAAGAAAAUUAUUACAUAAAUUAGCUUAUGUAUUCACAUGUGCUAAUAAUACAUUGAUCCUGUGCGAGGAUGAUGAAAUAUCAACACAAAGUUUUGCACAAUUUAGAGAUGAUUUAAUUGAGGCAUUUUAUAACUGUGAAUGA